CCUGUUGCACAUUAGUUCAAAUAAAGUUCGGCCAUUCAAACUUUAAUGACGUCGGCGACGCUCGAGUCUUUUCGCGGGAAGUUACUUUCGCUUUGCCUGGAUCACAACAGCGGAAGAGGCUUCUGACUGCAGCGACUGUAGAGCUUUAGGCUGUGUUUAUAUGGCUUAGUUUAUUGUCGAGACAUCUAAAUAGGUGUUUAGCUAGAGGUUUAUAUUCAGCCCGUGCUUUGACAUACUUAUGUUUCAUCAUGAGCUGUUUGCUGAUGAGAGAAAGCCCUAUGAUCAUUGCGCUUAAUAAGGAGAAGACAGUCUAUGACGGGUUCAUCACAGUACUGGAAAAAGACUUCAGGAUAAGAAUAUCUCUACCUCCUGAUCAUCAGAUGAAACAGGCUAAAUUGCAUUGUUGCUGGCAAAUGAAACGGCUACUUCAUGGUUAUCAACAUAUUGUGAAGCAGAGGUUACAGCAUUCAGCUAAUUUGAUGGCUUUUAUCCUGGAACUCAGGACAGUAUUGGAAGUGGCAUUGAAGAGCCAACCAGGAUGUCAGUCUUUCUCACCACCUCAGUAUUAUUCCCAGCUGAUAACAGAAAUGGAGAUCUUAGGAUGGGAUAAGCUGCUCUUCAUCGAUGCAGAGUUCCGCACACUCAAGCUGAAGGCAGAGGACUCUGCAGGUCGUCAACACGCCAUUGCAGUCAAGCUCAAGUCCAAGUAUCCAACUGAGGCCCCAGAGUUUUCUGCAGAUCUCCCUGUUCCAUUGGUCAUCAUGUGGACCUCUCAGAGCACAUUAGCCAAUGUCCACAGUCAGUUCCUGCUAAAUGUGGAGGCUCUGUCUGAGUUCUGGUCGGUGCUGGAUGAGAUAGAUGAGCAGACAUGGGUACUGGAACCAGAAAAACCCACAAAAGCAGACUCCAUGAGAAGGAUCGCCAUUGGAAACAAUGUCUCAAUAAAGGUACAAAUUGACCCCAGACACCCCAAAAUGCUGCCGGAGUGCUGUUUGCUCGGGGCUGAGCACGUUGUCACUCCUUUAAGGAAUAAGUUGAAUGCUAAUAUGCAUUUAUGGAACCCUGACUGCAGUGUCCUACAGAAUAUGAAGGAUGUGUUGGAGAUAGAAUUUCCAUCACCUACCACCCACGAAAAAUCUAGUUUCAGUGUUGAAUGUGGCAUCUGCUACUCUUAUCGACUUGAGUCAGCAAUUCCAGAUCAGGUCUGCAAUGACCCGCGCUGUGGCCAGCCUUUCCAUCAAGUGUGUCUUUAUGAGUGGCUGAGAGGUCUGCCCACCAGUCGCCAAAGCUUCAGUAUUGUGUUUGGAGAAUGUCCUUACUGCAGCAAGCCCAUCACUGUGAAAAUGGUCACAGGAAACGCUUAACAAAAUCUGUUCAUUCAGAGUAGGGGUCAAGUGUCAUUACGGCUCC